UUUUAGCCUACAAAUUUCUCACAGACCAUUUGCUGCAACAGAACGGGCCACCAGAGCCUGUUGAUGAUUGGCACCUGUGAGGCUUGUGAUACUGAAUUUCUUGCUUUGUAUCCGUCUUGAUGAAACUUGUCAGCUUGGAAUCAGUGACAAUGAUGGCAUUCAUUUCAGUCCACACCUUCUCCCUUCAACCAGAGAAAGCUUGAGCGAUAAAGCCAGUCAGGUAGCAUCAUCCCCGUCUGCAGGAAGUCCAGUUGUAGAACCAGCUCAGCUCAACGUUGCUUACAUGAACCUGGAAGAUGCAUUCAAGGCAGUGGUUGCAUGUGUCAAGCUGGAACGGGAAUGGACAGUUCUGUCAUCAGUGUUGCAGCGUUUGCCAGGUCUGAUGAAAGAUAGGGGCUUGGUGCUCUGUGGACAGUGCUCCAUAAAGAAGCUCUGCCUUGCCCUGUGUUCUCUUGUGGCUGACAAAGGCAAAAAGGCCUUCGAACAACUUCGUAGAGUCCCACCAGGGGUGGUUUCGUCUGACCUCAUAGUGCUGGUUUUGCCUGUCCUCGGAGUCCUAACUAUUUACCGCGGAGAACUGGACAGCUAUGUUGUGAAUGUUCAUCAGCAGCCUAGAAGCGGGAUUGGUAUCUAAGUCUGCCUGUACCUGCAUUCGAGCUCUGAUGCUGACAACACUGGAGAUGCCCGAUGCUAUGUACAAGCUGUUUCCUGAAGUCCUGCAGAAGUUGGCUCAAGUACCUGUCAAAUGUUAUCAGAAUUCCUCAGCUGUAUGUCAGCUUUGUGGAAGAAGAAUACAGAAACAUCUUCGCUAUUGCCCUGCCUUAUACAAACCCUGUCAAAUUCAAUCACUUCACUGUUGCGCUUGCUCUGCAUGUCAUUGCAAUGUGGUUUCUCAAGUGUCGUAUCACGUUUCGCAAAGAUUUUGUGUCCUAUAUC